UCCAAUCCGAACGCGGCUGGGUGAUGUCAUGGUAGAUUGAUCCGUUCGGGCACAGCUGUUGAGAGCAACGCUCGCGUAGAGCCAAACGCUGUCAGUGUUUUUAAACCUGUUUACAGAAAUAUUCUUUACUUGUUCACUUGUCUAUGGCACUACACACUCUUGGUCUGGUGGCAGUCGGUUUUUAAAGGGGAUGAAAAGGCUCAAGAGGAAGAAACAAAACGCGGGAGUUGGAGUGAAUGGGAAUGGGUCUGCCACAAGAGAUCAAGAUUGUGGGAGGAAGCAGAAGUUGGCUGAGAUCCAUCAAGCUUUGAUCAGUGAUCCAGUGGACAUUGAGACCCUGAGGAGAGCUGCAGCCAGUAAAGGAGGACUGCUCACUGAUGAACUGAGGAGGAAGGUUUGGCCCAAACUGCUGAACAUCAAUGUGUACGAGCUACCACAUAAACCUGGCCGAGAUGUGAGGAAGAACCAUAAGGACUACAACCAAGUAGUCCUGGAUGUCAGGAGGUCCAUGAAGAGGUUCCCUAAAGGUAUGCCAGCCACAGAGCGAGGCGUGCUGCAGGAGCAGCUGAUUGACAUCAUACUGGAGGUUUUAAAACGCAACCCCCAGCUCCAUUACUACCAAGGCUACCACGACGUGGCCGUCUCUCUGCUGCUGGUAGUCGGGGAGCGGAUGGCCAUCGGCAUGCUGGACAAACUGUCCAAUUUCCAUCUCAGGGAUUUCAUGGAUCCUACCAUGGACAGCACUAAACACAUUUUAAACUACCUUAUGCCCAUAUUGGAACAGGUUGAUGCAGAACUACAUGACUUCAUGAUCAGAGCGGAGGUGGGGACCAUCUUUGCGCUGUCCUGGCUCAUCACAUGGUUUGGCCACGUGCUGUCAGAAUUUAAACAUACCCUGAGACUCUACGACUUCUUCCUGGCCUCACAUCCACUGAUGCCCAUCUACCUCGCCGCCACGAUCGUGUUGCACAGAGAGAAGGAGGUGAAGCAGACGGAGUGUGACAUGGCCAUGGUCCACCACCUCCUCUCCCGCAUCCCCCAGGAUCUUCCAUACGAACUCCUGAUUGGCCGGGCCCAGGACCUGUUCGACCAGUACCCGCCAUCUCUACUGGCCAAGCGAGCAGCACUGCAGUCUCGUAAAAGUCUGUCCAUCAGCACCUUCAAGGCGUUUCAGCUCUCCACCCUCCACCAGAGGCCCGACUCUGUUCUCCAACGCCUCACCAAGGCCCAUGGCUCCAACUCGUCCGGACACGGCCUGGAAGCAGCUUUGCCCCGUGCUCGAGGCCAGCUGUGGGGGAGGGGGAAUAAGAUGGUGAAGAUGGCAGUGUGGGGGCUGUCUGCUACACUUGGGGCAGCCGUGUUCGCUGUGGCUCAGACGGCUAUGGACUGGGGACCUGAGGUGUUACUACAACUGUUCUGAUGUGGCGGUGGGGAUUUGGACUGUAAGACACUGACGUAUGGUGACAGCAGACACAGAUCUGCUCUGCAGAUGGAUUAACUGUAAACAGACAAACAUACAAACAAAGAAGACUUGAAGUGCAUGUCUCCUGCUGAGAGGAGACACAGGAGGAGGUCAGUUAUCUUGGUGCCAAACAGGUUGUUGCUACUCAACCACAACAAACAUAUGUUAACCACUUGCCAGCCUCUGGAUGUGUGUGCCUGUGUGUGAGUGGGUGUUUGUGUGUUGUACAUUUCAGAGCGAGUAUCCCAGACCUCAUGCCACAUGUGACCAUGGAUGAAUCACUGAACGGGCUUACCAUCGUUUGAUUGAAUUUUCAGAAAUGACACUUGGGGCUCUGGGCUAGAGCUUCUGUGCGAAGAGACCGGUAAUGUUUCAACAUUUUUGAAAAGUUAAUCAAAUGAGCACAAAAAGACACAAAAAAAAACUACAGCGGACACAGAAUGUCCCCAAAGAGACAAAAAUGUCCACAAGGAGACAUAAAGGGACUACAAAUGGACACAAAACAACCUCAAAGAGACAUGAACAUAUAGCCCACUGUCUCAUAAUCCAUCCAUACGUGUGAGACGCUAACACGUUUUGCCUUUUCAUACUGCUGCUGACGCGUCACCGCUGGUGUAACAUGUCACACAUGUCUCUGCGUGCUUCCUGUUGGCUGAUUUAUUUUGCCGUUUUAGAUCGUCAUGCUUGUUUUUCGUUCGCAUUUCUGUUGAUGGCUGAUUUUAACACGCUUGUUGGAUCAGCAGCCAUAUCUGAGAGCCAAAAGUGCCCGUAGCCAGCAAUGAUGACACAUGAAUACAAAUUAUUAAAGAGCAGUGUUUUGUGCUGAAAUCCUCCAGUUCUGAGCAAAGAAGGAGAGCAAGAGAGAAAUGGGGAAGACGGAGGGAGAGAGAUUUUUUGCCUGUGAGCCACUGCUAUUAAUUGCUUAACUCCAGGUGUCAGCGAGUUACAUUUACAGUAGAGUUUGGCACACAAAACGAGCUGUUGCUGCCCCAAAAUGUGAACAUUACACACAGUUAGCAGGCAACAGUCAAUGCAAGCAGUGGCAGACUGUUAUUUUUCUAUUUUCUGUAGCAGAUUCUUGUCUGUUGUGGCCCACUUCUGCUCAGUGAAUAUGGGGAAGACACCAGUACUUUAACAGUCUUAAAAUAUUUAGUAGGUUUGCGCCAACAUCCACCCUGAACAGCCGUCAACAGAACUACAGUACGUGUCCUCAGUUCUUCUUCAGCAUCAUACUUCUCUUCAGUAUUUUACACGUAGGUUCACCUAAAAAUAGGAUUUUAGAGCUACACUCAGACUGAAUAUUUCAACAUUAGUCAUGGAAGAAAGUGUUUUUAUUUCAUUUUUAAUAGUGGAAAACUACCUGCACUUUCUUAAAAGGUACCACACAUACUUCAUAUAUUAUUGGACCAAAGUGUGUGUUUGACCGUAAACGUAAUCAGAGUUUCAUAACCUGAAAAGUGAACAUUAAUAAUACAGGCUGUUUCCUCCUGAGGUCCAUACACAUGUACAGAACACGGGGGGUUCUCCAAUAAGCAAUGCAUGCUAUGCUUGUUGACUUAUGUUCUGAAAGAUUUAUCAGCUUUUACUAGUAUGUAGCUACUGCAGCUGUUAACGCAGACCACCAGAGUCACAACACUCUCCUCCCUCCUCUUCCUGCAUCAUCAGAUUUAUAGUGAACAUGUUUGUUUUUUUGCACAGCUGGAUGUGAAGUUUACACUGUUGGUUUUAGAUGUAAUUCAACGGUUAUAUGCUUAAAUGUGUUGCACAGAUCUCUCCAGAAAGUUACAUUUUAUAGGCUCAGGGCGAUGUGAGAAGGAUUACACAGCCAGUUAAUCUAUUUAUCACUCCAUUAAGUAGUUAGUGGCUGGCGUUCUUUAGAAAAUGCCGAUUGCUGUGAUAUUGGUUGGUCAUAAUCAAUACGUCAAUAAAUCAAUUAAUGGCCUGCACCUCAGGUGGCCGGCCAGCCUGCAAGCCAGUUAGGAUUCAGACAUCUAGUCAGUCGGUAAGCUGUGCUGGUUGUUUGAAUAGCCUUUCCACUUUUCUGCUACGUCAUGUAAAACAUCACAUGUAUGAUGUGAUUAAAUGCAUUAAGCGUGCGUGCGUGUGUGUGAGAGAGAAAGAGAGGUGGAAAAUGUCAGCUUUAAUCACAGGACAUUUUCCUUCUAAUUUUAAAGGCAUUUUCUGUUUAUAAUUAAUUUUUUGUUUCGGUACUCGAGCUAAACUGUCCAAAGUCUACUUUUUAACAGCAACAAUCUGAUUGGCUAUUUAUUUAAUGGUUAAACAUUUAAUUGGAUUGUAUGAAUGUGUAUUUAAAAUGAACAUGAGAGAGAUUAAAAAUGAUUAUUAUGGUUUGUAAUUAUCAGAAGUCUUUAUCUUAAUCCUUUUAUUCUGCAUAUAUAAUACCGUAUCUGGUCAGUCAUUGUGAAUCAGAGUAGAAGUUAAAGGACGUGUUUGACAUUUUUGGAAAUUAGUUAACUGCUUUCUUGCUGAGAUUUUGGUGAGAAGAUAGAUACCCCCAGCAGCAGGUUAAGACGGGAAAAGUGAGAAAGCAACUAAUCUGACAAAAACCUCCACCACUGUAUAAAGUUUUUAUGCUUAAUCCAUAUAAAUAAAAAAACAGGGGGUUAUGUGCCAGACUAUUUCUUGGCUGGACACAAUCACAGUUAGUUUCCUGGGAACCAGCAGAGAGAUCAGGAAGUUCCUGUUCUUGGUAUGAAUCUUAUCAUUGAACAUUUCCAAAAAUAUCGAACUAUUCCUUUUGAAAUGUUUAUGAACCAGCUCACUUCUUAGUUGAAAAUAAGAAACAAGUGACACCUCAAAGGCAACAUUAUCAUCCCAUGGUGCAUGGUGGGCAUUGAUGUGCAUCCUGCUCUUCUUAUACACACCGCUCAAUCUGCAGUGAAAUAAAUUCUGCUUCUACUGGCUGUACUUUUAAAGUGACUGUAUGUAACUGUGCAUCUAUGAUGCUUGGCAACAGGUGAUAAAAUAAAUUCUGCUGAUUAUAACUAUUCAUUUUAUUUAAUUUUACCAGUUUUUGCAUGUUAUCUUGUUUGCUUACACUUGCUGCCUAAGACGUAAAUAUGCAGGGGACAAACCUUUGACCAGGGUCUGUGAGCUUCAAACAAAAGUCAAGAUGCUUUUGUGCAGUUGUAUUAUUAGUGCUAUGUACACACACACACACGUACAGGGAGAGAGUGGUGGUGGUAGUGCCAGAUCAUAAUGAGGAUUUAAUUCCUGCCCCUGGCUCUUGGCGUGCUUAAGACACUUUCUCCUUAUCUUUUUUUUUAAUUCUCACAUUCACACCUACACAAACACCUGCACUGGUCUCAGUCUGGCAGAGGCUUUAGAUGGAAAAUGAUUGAAGUGUGUUAGCUGGGUUGAAUGAAACCAACCAAGAUGUAAAAGAAAGAAGAUAGAUGCUGGAGAUGUCUCAAACACCUUUUUUUUCUUUUUUAAGUUCAGGAUUAUAAAAGUCACGAAAACACUGUUUAAACUCUUCCACAAGAAGUAAACAGGAGUAGAAGUACAACGUUUAAUUUGACUAGUUAAAUAUUUCACAUUUUAAUUAAUGCUGUUUAUUUGCAUUUGAUUAUUUGCAUAUUUUGUCUCACUUGAUAUCAGGUCACAUCUGCAGUGAUUUUAAGGCUACUUUGAAAACAACAAAACAGAUUUUCUUUAAAUCAAAAGAACUUGUAUUUCAUGCCAAAUGAUGAACUCACUCUGGUGUGAUGAAGAGCCUGAAGUUGAACUCCCUGUGAGCUUCUGUCGAGCCUCUCAUGACCACUCUGUCCCCCUCCCCCUCGGGUCUAAAGAUCUCCCAAUAGACUUGAUCUCACCAAAUGUCAGAUUAUAAUGUAAUGUGUGUGUGUGUCUCUGUGUGAUGUCUGUGGGCAUUUUAAUGCAUGUUAAUUUAUCAUGGCUACUAAACAUUUGAUACAUGCUGAUGAACAUAUCAGAUUCUUUGCACCUUGUACUGAGACAUAGAGAUGACGCUUUUUUUUGUCUAUGAAGUAAAACAUUGAAUAAACGAUGAAGAAAACACUCG